AUGGCAUCACCAUCUACUGCCAAUGACUUCAAAUUAUUGGGUAAUACAGCUUUGAAAGAAAAAAAAUAUAAUGAAGCAAUUGAUCAUUAUACAAAAGCAAUUGAACUAGAUUCAACAGAUCCAAUUUUUUAUUCAAAUAGAGCACAUGUUGAAAUUCAAAUUGAAUUAUAUGGUGCUGCAAUUCAAGAUGCAACUAAAUCAAUU